ACCGCUUCCUGCCUGGUGCCUGCAGGCCUGUAAAUACAGCCGCCUAGGAGGUGGACGCAUUAGGCCUGUGGCCUAGGGAAGCCCAGGCUCGUACCAGCAGCUUAGGUCCUCAAAGAGAAAAGUGGGGAGAUCAACACUCACCCUCAGAACAUCCAGAAGAGGGACUGUGGUUGCAAGGCGGACAAAAAUUUGGCUGCUGGUGUCUUGAACUUGGCUUCUGGGUACAAGUGGGUCAUAGCUGACACCACCAACCAGGUACCUCUUCACGAGCAGCCCCCUGCCUCAGACUCUUCAGGGCCUGGGGAGCUUACCCUACUGUCCUGGUUCUGGACACUACGCUCCACAUCUUUUGUGCAUUUCUUCCCCACACUGGGAUGUGCUCCCUGCCUGGUUCCCGGGAACCCCUGCUCCGUGUGGCUGUGACUGGGGGCACCCACGGGAAUGAGAUGUGUGGCAUCCACCUGGUCCGGUACUGGCUACAGGCCCCAGGGGAGCUACAGAGACCCAGCUUCUCAGCCAUGCCAGUUCUGGCCAACCCAGCAGCCACGGCUGCCUGUCGCCGUUACAUGGACCGCGAUCUCAACCGCACCUUCACACUCACCUUCCUUAAUUCCAUGCCUACCCCUGACGAUCCGUAUGAGGUGAAAAGAGCCCGAGAGUUGAACCAGUUACUGGGUCCCAAGGGCACAGGCCAGGCUUUCGACGUUGUCCUAGACCUGCACAACACCACAGCGAACACUGGGGUCUGCCUCAUUGCUGCUGCCUCUGAAAGCUCCUUCAACUUGCACCUGUGCCACUACCUACAGCUGCAGAACCCGGGACUGCCCUGCCGCCUCUUACAGUAUGAGCUACCUGGGACGGAGACCUACAGCGUGGGAUCUGUGUCUAAGAAUCCAAUCUGUCUGGAGCUGGGCCCCCAGCCUCAGGGUGUGCUGCGAGCCGACCUGUUUUCCAGGAUGAGAGCUCUGGUGGCAUCCACUCUGGACUUCAUCGAGCUCUUCAACCAAGGCAAGGACUUCCCUGCCUUUGAGAUGGACAUCUACAGGAACUUAAGCAGUGUGGACUUCCCACGUACCACGGAUGGUGACCUGGCCGGCACGGUGCAUCCUCAACUGCAGGACCAUGACUUUGAGCCACUGAGUCCUGGUGAACCCAUCUUCAAGCUGUUCAGCGGAGAGGAUGUACUGUAUGAGGGGGACUCCAUUGUGUACCCUGUGUUCAUUAAUGAGGCUGCCUACUACGAGAAGCACGUGGCUUUCCUGAAGGCUGAGAAGAUCCGGGUCACAGUGCCUGCCCUGCCAGGGUUAACCCCCCAUACCACCCAGACUCCCUAACCCAAGGCAUUCCUGCCUGACCUCAGUUUCCCUAUCUGAACAAUGGGUCCCAAGUCCAGGGUCCCCUAUCUCACUCUGGACAUCAUAUCCCUUUCCAGACAACUGAUCUCAUGAUAUAAAAGAAACUGCCCAAAAA